AUGCUUAGGAAAAGUGAGAAGAAUAACAACGCUAUACCGCAGCGGAGGCUCCGUGCCUCAAGAUUAUCGGCUACUCAAUCAAGCGCAGAUGUUUCUGGAAAUGGAGGCGGAGACGGUGAGACGGAUGGUGUGAAUGCCUUUACAGAACCACCUUUAGGCGACUCUAUUAUUGUUACCGGUCAGAAGAUUGAAGAAUCACCUACUGUUAAGAUAAAAAAGGAGUUGGGUGUCUUCAGCAAGGGUAAAAGUUCAGAGAACAGUUUGGACGAUAGUCGUCUGCAAAAAUACGUGGAAGGUCUCAAGAAUAGAAAGGAAGUAGAAGAAUCUACAGUGCUCAGUGACAUACGUACACCUUUGAUUACAAGGGAGAAUGUUGUUUCUAAAGUUGGGAAAGCCAACAGUAAAAAAAAUAGAAAAAAGCAUCAGCUGUUAAACAGGCCCAAAGAUUUUCUAGAUAUAUCAAAGAAGCUUGCCCUGGGAAGUUUGUCACCAUCAGAGUCACCAGCCCAACCUGUUGCAUCAUCAGCCGAUGAAGGUGUGGAAAAUAACGACUACUGUUCAUGUUGUGGAAUGACAGGAAUGUUUCUCUGUUGUGAAUCAUGCCCAAAAUCAUAUCACUUUCAUUGUAUCAAUCCUCCCAUUGACCCGAACAAUCUUCCCGAGUUUUGGUAUUGCAAGGAAUGUAUCAAAAAGAAAGCAAAAAGGGAGGCGCUGAGUGCCAACUCGUUAACUGUAAAUGUAGGGAUUUUUUCAAAACUAUUUGACAAUAUACUGUUUCAGGACCCUAUUUCAUUCCAAGUUCCUAAAGAAAUAAUAGAGUCCUUCGAACACAUAUCUUCGGACAGACUAGGAGACUUCAAUGAUGACUCCUUCAAACCGGCAAAAACAUAUAAGCAAUUAAUCAAAGAGUACGAUGACCCUCUGAAUGGUGUUUACGACGCCAACGGGAAUCCCUAUUUUUGUUAUAAAUGCGGAGAGAGUGGCCUCAAUAACGAGAUUAUAAAUUGCGAUUACUGUGACCUAUCGUGGCACCUGGAUUGUGUUGAUCCUCCAUUAGCUAGUGUGAAAAAGCUAGGAACAAAGUGGAAGUGUCCGGCGCAUGUUGAUGACCUCUACAAACCAAUUAGAAAAUUCAAAGAUCAAUCUGUGGUGCCGAUAUCAAGUAUAGAAAAUUUUGAAAACGUCAUGGGGAAAUUGCCUAUAAAUGCCAAUAUUCAGAUAAACAACAUAGAGGAUAAAUUGGACGCCUUGAAAAAUCAGAUUAAGACACUCCACGGAAACAACCAUGAUACUUCCAAAUUGAAGUUUUCAAAUUUGACAUUUCAAAUCAACGAGGAGGACAUUGUUCUUAAUUUUAUCAAACAGAGCAAAGUGAAGAGGCUCAAUGAGAACACCAAGAACAUAGAAACAUUGAUGAAGCUACAACCUACUUUGAAAGAUUACGUGUUGAGCUUAAGCCAGCUCAGUAACAGAAAUAUUCUAGAUAACGAAUUUCGAGUAUCAAAUUUACAAAAACUAUUAAAAGUUGCGGACGAAGAACUGAAAGUCGAACUCAACGAGUUCAGCAAAGAAGAACUGAGGGAACUUCUGUUAGUCAAGAAAAUGCUGCUACGAAAGGGUAAGGACAAAGUAAUGCAAUUUCUCAAAUCUUCCUAA